CUUCCCUCUCGAUAUUUUACCUCCACAAAUUCGUCCUCCCCGGCCAGAUAUCCUUGGUUCUGCCGAUUCAGCAAGCACAAUGGCCGACGCGAACGCGAUGCAUGGUCUCACGAGCUCCCUGACUUCCCAAACGAUGAGUUCGCAAGGCUCGCCCGAACAACAGCAUGCGCACAUCCAACACCAGCACGCUCAGCAUCCCCAGCAUAUCACCAACGGGGACCUCCAAACCCACGCUGGCUUGCAGAUGUCUAUGGCUCCUCCUCCCCCUCCUCCCCAGCAACCUCCGGUUGACGACGCGAAUCCCGAGCAACCGGUCAAACGCAAACCUGGGAGACCUAAGGGGAGCGGUAAGAAGCCCAUAGAUCCUAACGCGCCGCCGAAAGUCAAGCGGCCUGUAGGAAGGCCCCGCAAGGAUGGUCUACCUGCUGGCUCUGUAGGGCCCAGGCGACCCAGUCGCCCUCGCAAGCGUCCUCCCGGGACCUUUGCGAGUGGAUCACAGCCGACAUCUGGGGCGUACUCGUAUGGCGUGAGUUUGCCCUCUCUGUUAUGCCCCUGUGCUCCAAUCCUCUGCGUUCCUCUGUGUCUCGCCAGCGCACCUAGCGUGGACUUGCGAGUGCUACCUUCCGUAUCUCCUCCUCGAUAGCGUACAUCGCGUGCCCUAUGUAGCACCAGCUAUUGCAUCAGCGCGCAUCUAUCUUCCCGAAAUGCGGUGUCACCGUGGACGCAUGUACUGAUGCCAUAGUAUCUCGUAGACACCAUUCGCAGCUGACCCCGCAUGGGGUUCGGCAUCCGCGCCGCCGAUGGGUAUACGCACAGGCCGUCCGCCCGUGUUCCCUAUUGACCCAAGCCUUGACGGAGAUGACUGGGGCGACAUGUCGCGCGUCCGCCCCGACAGAUUCCUCCACGCCCUCGUCUCCGCACUCGAUGCCCCUAAUCCCGUCUCGGGCGCCGGCCCGAGCGUCGAGGAGGCCUUCAAGUCCCAUCUCGUCUCGCUGGCCCCGAACAGCAAAAACUCCGCACCGACGAUCCCCUCGCUCUACUCCAUCCUCAAGACGUUCUGGCUGCCCUCCUCCCCGGUGUACUUCUCGCUUACCGCGUCGGCGUCGACUGCCCGCACGCCAUCAGAGCACCGCUUCCUCUACUGGGACCCGCAGCCGCUGGUGUUCAACGGCAUCUCGUGCCCCGUGUGCUCCGCGCCGCUCAUCAACCGAGGGCGCAUCAGCUCAGGGCCUAUCAAGGUGUACGAUCUCGGGAAGCCGUUCUUCGUCAUCGGCUGCGAGUACGUCUGCAUGAGCCCCGUCUGCCUCGCUGCGGUGGGCCCGCAGGGCCGCAAGUUCGCCAGCACGGACGCGUCGAUCCUCCGCGCGCUCCCGAUCAAGCUCAAGGACGAGUUUCCCGCGCUGCUGCUCCAGGGCAGCCCCGACCUGGGGACCGGGCCCGAGAUUUGGAGCUGGCACGGGAUGGGCGUCUCGACGGCGCUGUGGAACAUGGUCCGUGCGAGCCUGCGCGCGGGGUUGCGCAAGGAGGCGAUUUUAGAGAUCAUCCGCGCGAUCCAGCACGGGACGCCUGACUUUGACUAUGCCUCGUUCAAGCAUGAGGAGGAGGAGGGCGACCAGGGAGACGAAGGGGACGAAGAAGAGGAGAACCACGAUGCUCAGCAGGUCGAGGGCGACCUCGCUGACAAGGACGUGACUAAGUCGACGGAGGAGUACCAGGAGGCUUGGAAUGCGAACAGCGGGGUGACGGAUCCCAACGGCGCGCCACCGCAUGCCCAGGCGAUCCCGCAGGAGCCUCCCCAAGCCGGACCGAGCAAUGCGCAAGAGCACGCCGCGACGAACGGACACCAGCAGAGCGCGAGCGCAACCCAACAGGCGCAGCCCCAGCAGCCGGCGCCGGCUCCCCCGCCGUACUACGCGUACGCCCCGCCCACGGGCCCGUACCAGCCGUACCCGUACCCGUACUGGAGCCAGGCCCCAGAGCAGCAGCCGCCUGCGUCGAUGAAGCGGACGUUCUCGAUCAUCGCGGACGGCACCCCCGAGCCUGGGAUGACCGAGCCGAUGCACAAGCGCGUCCGGCACUGCUGCAAGUGCGGGUCGAACGAGUGCAAGGGCAAGGGCGGCCGUGCGUUCUGCAACAAUCCGUGCCAGGAUUGCGGGAAGCUGGAGUGUAAGGGUCGGAACAGCAAGCGGCCGGACAGGACGUGCGCGGACGCGUGGCCGUAACGUCGUGGGCGUGGGAGGUGGAGGUGAGAAACAACGCCGCAUACAGUCCUGGCAUGCUCAGGCUAAAGUGGCAGUUGCGGUCAAUAGUUAUUCGUUGCCGCGCGGGAGGUUAUAUAUGGGUUACGAUCAAUGUUGUGUGUACUUCUCUGGGGUUUUAGACACCAGGUGUUUGUCAUUUGGCGUUUUGGCUUGAUUAGGUUUGUGUUUGUUUCGCGGCCGGGAACACUUAUUCAAUACAAGCUUCGCUGCUUCGGGUUAUCUGUCUGCGGGAAAUAGACUUGUAACAGGCGCGAGCGGUGCCACUGGCAAUCAGCCCGUAACAGACGCUUACACGCUCGAUGACUUAGUAUUGCUCUUCGAUGUACCUCUUAUAAGUAUGUUACGG